AUUAUCUGUUCCGAGAAUUGUAAUCCAAAAUCAGAUUGUAUAACAAUUCUCAAAAAAAAACUUUCCAGAAUGUAUCAAUUGCCCAAGGACCGUCUUCCCAAAAAUAUUUCCCCAAAAAAUCUUUUCGUUAUCCAUCACCGCGAAUACAACAACUAAAUAUUUAUUAUUGUUACAUUUCUUAAAAUUUGUGAACGAUUUUUAACGUGAAUUGCUCCUUACAUCCAACAGAAGACCGAGAAUGUCUUAAAUUUAUUUUAAAAAAACUACAUUCGGCAGACUUAUUUUCGGUAAUGGAGUGCAUUCGGGGAUACAUCGAUUGAAAAACUGGGUUUCUAGAUUUUCGAAAUGUUUCACAACCUGAAUGAACACUAUGUUUUCAGUCUUUUGAAUUCCGUGAUUCAGCUUUAUGUAAUUUUCAAAGUGCAUUUUCAUUCGUUAUAAUAGCAGUGGCUCCAAAUUUAUCAGUACAUGCUCCGAUAUUUUUGAACAAAAAUAUAACCAAUAAUAUUCGAGUUUUUCAGAUUAAGAUUCAAUCCUCUUUUCAUUGGCACCACUUGUCUCAAGUCCAUGUAGAAAAUGUUUGCACAAUUCAAUGUGAUUUACUUUGGAUACAUUGCAAACUUUAUUUAUUUCUAUAGUAAAAAAGGCAUCGCAUUAUUUUUAUCUUCACAAUGCUAAAUCAGUUCUAUGACAGAACAACUCAAAUCGGUUUAGUUGAAGACGCGGUCAAAAUAUUUCGAAAUUGAAUUUAUUAGCCAACAAUAUACGUUGCGUGAUCGACUUGCUCACUAAACUUCGAUUGAAUAUGCAUCGCAAAAAAAUGCUUAACUUGCUAAGCAAACAUCUCUUCGCCGUCUCUAGCGUCUAUCAUCACACAUACACCUGUGCUAUGUUCAUUCAGUGUUUGCAAUGUUUUAUUGAGCUUACUCAUAUCGCUGAGGAAAAGAUAAAGCAAAUUGUGCGACACUACCAUCUAGCAAGUGAAAACAUUUCAGUGUUCAGUCAUAUACAGUGCUACCACCGGUGUUGUUGAGUCAUUGUCAAUCGUAGCCGGUCUCAAGAUGGUUCAACAGUGGGAUAUUGUCAAGAUAAUAGGAGCAAUUGCUCUGCCUCAGAUGGGAGGAUGGGUUAACGGUUAUCUUACCCGGCAGGAAAUAAAAGGUUGGUAUCAGAAUCUGAACUUUCCCUCGUUCCGUCCUCCGAACUGGAUUUUCGCACCGGUAUGGACGUCACUGUACGCCGGAAUGGGAUACGCUUCCUAUCUAGUAUGGAGAGAUGGUGGUGGCUUCAGUGGCAUUGCACAAGGACCGCUGUUUUUGUACGGAACUCAGCUGGCGCUUAAUUGGGCGUGGACUCCAAUAUUCUUUAAGCGACACGAAUUGAAAUGGAGCUUCGUAGAGUUAGCUGCUCUGACUGCCACGGUAGCAGCAACGGGAUUUGCAUUUUUCAACAUAAACAAGCUCGCUGGUUAUGUAUUUAUCCCAUAUUUUGCCUGGUGUUCCUUCGCUACACUGCUCAACUACAAGAUUUACAAACUUAACCCAGAGUCGACAGCAACAAUCGAGGAGGUGAAAGAGCCUAAGAAAAAAACGAACUAAAUUGCUACCUAGUUAGCGCGUUCGAUCGGAUGUUGUCGAAGCGUUGAGAACGCUUAAGAAUUUACGGGUUAAAUCACAAUACUGCUUCAGAUUUGUUGUAAACAAAUGUUGUCAAUAAAACACUAUAUUUCAUAGUAAAAGUAUGAAUCAACCAGUGAAUUUGUGAGCUAGAAUAUUUGUAAAACAAUUAAGGAAAUACACCUCUACUCUGAACCAUUUCUAAAUAAAUCUAUUUAACUAA